AUGAUUAAGUCAUUGUUGUACCUCACUACAAACAGGCAUGAUAUUGUAUUCAGUGUGGGACUAUGUGCAAGAUUUCAGCCAAAUCCCAAGGAAUCUCACCUGAAGACUGUCAAGAGGAUACUAAGAUAUCUCAAGGGGACUCCUGACCUAUGCUUAUGGUGUCUCAAAGAAUACAGCUUUGAUCUAGUUGGUUAUGUUGAUGCUGACUAUGCAGGUUUUCAUAUUGACAGGAAAAGCACUUCAGGAAUAGCUCAUUUCCUAGUUGUUCCUCCUACGAAAAAUGCCUCUAAGUUAACCAAGGUCAAGGCUACUCCAAGAAAAUCUGUCAACAAUGUCAAGGUCGUGCCAGAUGCUACUGUUCGAGUAGACAUAGUAGUCAAGAAAGCUAUGAUUCAAGGGGAAUCAGUGCAAAUCAUUGCAAGUCAGACACUCUUCCACCCACAAGUGGAGGAACUCACUGUAGAAAAGAGUGUAGGAAAUUUGGAGAAAAAGGUAGAUGCCACUACUAGGGUGCAUGUGGUUGAGGUGGAAGGGAGUAAAGAACCAAUGCAAAAGGAGGCAUCUGAUGGUCUUUCAUUCAGUUAG